AUGGAUUUAUUACAACUUAUUUGUGAAAGAGUCACACAAAAUUCUGUAAACAAUUUGUCUUCAAAAGUUCUCAAAUAUGCAGGUCUUAUUUAUGAGCACACUCUUGGAGAAGAAAAAUAUAUCUUUUUUGAAGAGGUUAAAAAUCUAAAAUCUGUUACAAUAUUGGUUAAAAGACCUAAUUCUCACACAAUUGUGCAAAUUAAUAAUGCCAUUUGUGAUGGAUUACGAACUGUAAAAAAUGCAAUUGAAGAUAAAUGUAUAGUACCAGAAGUAGGAGUAUUUCAAGCUGAGCUUUUAGUUCACUUGAAUAAAUUUAAAAGUUCAGUUAAAGGGAAGCCAAAAUGGAAGUUCAAGCAUUUACAAAUGCAAUGUUGA